GUUCCAAGGCUAUCUAGAUAGGCAGCGCAUGUGUCGUGAGACGCGGCCGUGUGUCUCUUGGCAGCGGCAGAGGCUUUGGUGACUUACCGGAAACCAAACUUUUUUUUUUUUUUGUCAAGCCUCAAACUUGUAACUGCUGAAGUCGAAAGAGGAAAAGAGCAGCAGAGUCCCGUUAGAUUUCAGCCUCAUACACAGUUCCUUGUUUUUCAUCGUCAUGUUGGAUGUGAGAAAGUUGAGACGAAGAGAGAUCAACAGUUUUAACCCGAGAUAAAGUCCUGCGUCGAGCGUUUUCUUCUGCGCAUAACGGGAUCUUUGUUUUUAUAUCAUGGAAGAUGGUGUGAAAGAGGAGCCAGCCAAGCCCAAAGAGGUGAGGAGAGCUGGGAAGGCGGGCUGGUUGAAGAAGUCUUCAGGGAAGUUCUUGAGCAGCUAUAAGGACCGGUACAUUCAGCUGGACCGGACCGUGAUUGAGGUCUAUGAGAAUGAGGAACUAACAAAAUGCCUGGAGAAACUGGACUUGGACAACUACGAAACUUGUCACGAGUUAAAGAGUCCUUUCAAGAAGAAACACAGACUGGUACUACUACGAAGCCCCAAGAGCGGUAACAAGGUCCAAGAUGUCAAACUUCAGGCACAAACUCCUGAGGAGAAAGAAGCCUGGAUCAAGGCACUUAGUGAAGGAAUCAAUAAGGCAAAGAACAAAAUAUUUGAUGAGGUAACAGUUGAUGAAGGCUCCUCAUUAGAACAUGUUACACGGACCCGACCUAAGGCGAACCGAGGAAGAAGACCGCCAACAAGGAUACACAUGAAGGAGGUUGCGAAUGUCUCCAGUGAUGGAAUACUGAGACUGGACCUUGAUGGUGACGUUACCAUGCCGAAUGGAACUCAUGGCUUGAAUACAGAAGGGGUUAAACAAACCGAAACUUCUGUGACUGUGACAAUGAACAGCAUUCCAGAGGAGGACGCUGAUGAAGAGUCCACAUCCCAGAAGAACGUUAUAAAGCCACCCAUGCCGCCAUCGAAAGACAACAAACCUAAUGAAAGCCAUAAAGAGGAUGAGCCCAAAAAUGAAGAAGCUGCAUCGCAAAAGAAGAUUCUUACGCCACCGAUGCCUCCGUCAAAGGAUUCUAAACCCUGCGUCUCUGCUGAUGGGGCUUCUGUUGAGGAGGACAGUAAAGUGGAGGUUGAAGAAGAUAGCACUGACUCUUCUGAACAAAUCCCUUCUGCCAAGAGCGUCCAGCCCCCUACUCCUCCAUCCAAACUUAUGAAGCCCAGCCAACCAGUAACACCAGCCACAGUCACAACAGAGGAAAAAGAACCUCAAGAGAAAAAUGGAGCUUCAAACGAGAAAGAAGACCAGAGCAAGUCAGAAGAGGUAGAGAACUUUGUUGUAUCCAAAGCGGUAAUGAAACCCCAAGUAGUGAUGUGGGAUUCACCCACUCUGCCAUCUAAAGAACAAAGUGAAGAACAAGCAAAGAAAGCCUCAGAUACCACUGGAGAAGUCGCAACCUCAGUAGAACCUCACCACCUUAAUCUUACUACAGUUUCAACGCCUGAAUCUGUAAAAAAGAGUCCCGGUCCUCCUGCUCCACCCAAGAAGAAGCCAUUCAAGGCACCUUCCAAAAAUGAGGACGCUCCCCCGCAAAGUGACCCAAUUGUCCUUACCGACACUGCCAUUUUGUCUUCGGAGCAGGCUUCAAAAACAGACGAUAUCAAAUUGACGAUUCCAGAACCCAAAACUGAGGCUGUUGGUGAUGUAUCGAGUGAAGAGUUGGAGGAGAAGUCUUUAGACAGUGGUCAACACUCGGGGGAAGAGUCUGAGACUGGCGACCAAGUUACGGCACCAUCCGCAAAGCUCAAAGGAAGCUCCCAGGUACUAGAUUUGGAGAUCAGCGAGGACGAUCUUGAACCAUCCGACUGCAAAGCCGAGAGUCUGGAGGAGCCAUCGUUAAAAACCCCGUCCACCACCACAGAGACCUCAGUCCUCAAUGCACAUCCAGCCCAGAGCCAUUGUGCCAACAAGACCCUGUUGAUCACAGUGCCUCUCCAGCAUUCUUCCAAGGCUCGCUCCGCAUCCCUAGGAGACCUCCUUGCAGAGAACGCAGAGAAGGUGGAAAGCAAGGGAAAAGAUACAGCAAUUAAACGACAUGGGAGUGACGUGAAAGACUUGCAAAGCAAAGUGUCUUUUGAGAUAGAAGAGACGGGAGAGCUGCUGAAUGCAAUCGCAGCUGGACAGAGCGAAGAGGCAGAAAUAAAGGGGGAAGCGACCCCGGAGGUCUUGCUCAAUGCAGCAAUGGAGAAGCUCAGGAAAGCUGACCAGUUCUUACAGCAAGCCAGAAGUCUUAAAGAUCGUAACAAAAGAUUGAGUUUGUAAUGGUAAGUGUUGGUGGAAAGAACCCAUAGGGAUGAUCAAUGCUGAAAAUGUACAGUAGAGCUGCAUGAUUAACCGUUAAAAGAUUGCGAUCUUAUUCCUAAAUAACAACGUGCACACUCCGCUGACGCUUGCGAUGUGAAACAGGCUUUAAAUCAAAGACUUCAGGGACUUUGGUUAACCUUUGAAACAACGAUCACACUGCAACUUUUAAAUCUGCAUCCGCAUUGCCACUGAUCCAGAGAGAGAGCAGCUUCCAUAAAUGUACAGUAUGAAACCGCCUAACAGUCUUUUUAAUCACAUUUUUCGUUAUUUAUUAGGGAUGCACCGAUAUGAAAAUUUUGGCCGAUAUCGAUAACCGAUAAUUCUAUAUAUUUGUAAGCCG